CGUUUACUCACCGACUUUUCCUCCAAAUCCACCCAUUAACAAACCAGACUUUGACUUGCAACACACACUCCACACAUCACCAUGGCUCUCAAACGAAACGCUCCUCUCCUCUUGGCCGCUACCGUCGGUGUCGCCGGAGGUCUCUACGCUUUCAACCAACCCCUGAAACAAUACACGGAGGACCAAAAGACUCACGACUCGGUCCGUCGUUCGAGCGACAACCAGCCUCAACCGGGAGCUGCCAAGGGCGGAGCCUCCCCCGUCCCGCCUCUCCACACCGGUGGAUCUACAGCUUCUUCGGCCAGCGCACCUACCAUCGCCGGAGCGUCUGCCGAGUCUAGGCGAAGCGGUUCGGUCGACCACGAGGCCCCGAUGAGGUCGAAGAGCGACGCCAAGCAGCAGGACGGGACUCAGGGAGGUGGGAUGGGCGUCAAGGAGAUGAGGGAGAGGAAGAUGGCCGGACAAGGGUUGCCUAGUCCUCAGGGUGGCGAUACCAAAGCUCAAGCCAAGCCCGCCCAACCGGGAUACUCGGACCCCCAGUGAUCCCCCUCACUUUCUCUUCCUCUUACCCAUCUGCACUGUGCGCGUGUAUAACUGCAUCGAGAAUGACGACAAGAAAAGGACCGCAAGAUGGUUGGUGAAAAACGAGACGAAAACACCCUCCGCGCCAAUCAAGCGCUUUUGGCAACGAGAGGGGCAAGUUUUAGAGAAAUGUAAUGACGAAAAAGUAAUGGAAACCUAUCGACAACUCGUAACAUGAACCUGUGUG